CUCCGUCGCUCUCAGGUCCUUCCAGUCUCCGUCGCUCUCACUUUGCGUGUGCGUGUAGCCAACUAGCCCUUGUUGCUGUCGAGAUCAUGGACACCGAAGCGGCACCGCUGGCUGCAGCGAAGUUUGCCGACCAGGCUGCAAGGGCCAAGAUUGCCCUGAAUGGACAGUUCGUUUUGGCAAUGGCUAGCUAUCCAUUCGUGGUUGGGUUCACAUUUGCGGCUCGUAGUGGGCUCCUAAAUGUGGUGAAACCUGCUGGCGUGCCCUCUACUGGAUUUGAUUUAUGGAAAACAAGCGACGCGGCAAGCCUUGUGAAGACUGCUUUGUCCUUCACCGCUGUACUCGCUGUUCAUGUGGUCUUAUUGGGCCAUCUUUUGAUGAUGCGCCUUCCAGGAGCACCUUACCUGAGCAGACAGUGCUUGGUUGCUGGUCCGAUGCUCCUUUUCUUCAUCACCAUUAAUUACUUCUACACCUAUCUCACCCACACCCGCUAUGGUGCCUCGACAAAGGAGUGGUAUAUCUUUACCGUCUUCACCGUUUUGCUUGUGGUUAUUACAGGCUGGAUGUACUUGGUACCGAUCAAGCAAGAGACCGUGGCGAAGAACGGAAAAGAGCCAGAACCUGCAGCACAGGUCUAAGGAUUAGAUGCUGAUUGGAAAGAUAUCCAUCGACCAGUGAAACAAGGAGAUAAAGGAGUAGGGACCUUGUGUUCAGGGGAGGAGGGGGGGGGGGUGUUAGGGAGUUAUUGUAUAAAAGCUUAGCAGCAAAUCUCGUGCACCAUGGUGAGGAGAAUAAUGCGUUGAGGGUUGCUGAUUGAUCUGAUGCGGGGGUCAAUGCGUGCCGGUGGUGAGGACGUGGGUGGCCAAGAGGUUGGAACUGCACGUUAGCGCCGCCGCUGCCAUCCUGGUUCCAGGAUCACCCCGCUGCCAUCCCUGCUGCCAUACGCAAGGCCAUCCACGCGGAGGACUGGGAGGCAAGGAUUAUGCGGUCGAGUGGAAGAAUGUUGCGGUGGUCGUGGUUGGUGACCUUACGGCGGGCCGGAGGCUGAUCAUGCUGAAGUGGACGGGAGAGGAGGCGGCAGUGUCGGAAGUAGCGGCAGCAGCGAGAGGAGUGGCGGCAACCCCAGCAGGGCCUCGGGUUGCGCUAGGCCAUGGAGAAGCAAUGUGGGAUAGGAGAGUCGAGGGAUGUGUGAGCGAUGGACGACGUGUUUUUUUAGAAAACGUGCGUGCGGGGUGAGUUAUGCAGUGAAGGGAGAUAGACAGGAUGCAUGAACAGGCAUCGACUAGAAAUUAAUAGGUAGUAUAGAUAUAGAGUACAGAUCUCCCUAUGUCAUCAUGGGAAAACUUUUGUUACUGAUCUCCCUAUGUCAUAGUCCACAACUCCUUUCAGCUCUAGACUUGUCUGCGUUUAAUAGUUGUACCUUCAAAUUCUGCUCUGUUAUGUUCUAUUCA